UUCGAUCCUGACUACUUGUGCUGUCUGUAUGGAGUUUACUCAUGCUCCCCGUGACCAUGUGGGUUUUUGCUGGAUGCUCCGGUUUCCUCCCACAUUCCACAGACAUGCAGGUUUUGUAGGUUAAUUGGCUUCUGUAAAUUGUCUCUAGUGUUGUAGCAUAGUACGGGGGUCAUCGUUGGUCGGCGAGGCCUCGGUGGGUCGAAGGGCCUGUUUCCACGCUGUAUCUCUAACUAAACUAAACCCAAAACCUCAAACUUUCUGCAUCCUCAACCCAUUGAAUUCUACCAGUAUUUUGCUCCAAACUCCAGCAUCUGCAGUCUUGUGUGUCUCCAUGAUCCUAUUCCAGUUCAAGCCCGGAGAGGGGGAGGGGGUACUAUGUAAAUAUUUCAUGAUUGCCAAACCUAAUCAAACAAAACUCUUGGAAAUAUCAGGGUGUUUACCCAUUUAUUAAUCUGGAUUUGCAAAUCUCUAUGUCAACCUUCACACUUCCCGAAACCCACAGCACAAAGUGUCCUAGCUUAUUUGAUUGCCGCUGACUGCUCUAUUUCCAUAACCCUCAUGUUAUGUUCUGAAAUGUUUAGCCAGCACUUUCCCCAAAUGUUUAUGAAUAAAUGAGCCAUUCGCCAAAUCAUUCCAGGCGGAUGGUAAAUAGUGUAGGAAGGAACUGCAGAUGCUGGUUUACACCGAUGAUGGACACAAAAAUCUGGAGUGACUCGGCGGGUCAGGCAGCAUCUCUGGAGAAAAGGAAGAUGUGACAUCUCGGCUUGAGACCCUAAAUCGUGUUGUCUCACAACUCGCUCCUUAGGUGCUGGUCAGCUUCACCACACACACACACACCUCAUGGGGAACAGAGCAGCAAACAAUGGGCCAGAUCUCUCCCCACCCUGACCAACGCAUCACCCUUCUGUAUUUCUUUCUGUCUUUUCACAGACUGGAUAACACACAACAAAAGCUUUUUCACUAUACCUCGGUACACAUGACUGUAAAUUAAACUUAACGACAUUCCUGGUGAUCAACUCGCCUGCAAUGCAAGAAUGGGCUGAUUUGGGGCAACCUAUACCGAAUCACAACUCACUUCUCUCUCUAAUUAGGCCAUUCGGCUCAUCAAGUCUACUCCACCAUUCGAUCAUGAAUGAUCUAUCUCUCCCUCCUAAUCCAUUUUCCUGCCUUCUCUCCAUAACCUGACACCUGUACUAAUCAAGAAUCUAUCUAUCUCUGCCUUAAAAAUAUCCACUGAAAUCUCCUUCAUUUCUCUCCACAGACGCUGCCUGACCCUGCUGAGUUCCUCCAGCACUUUGUUGUUGUGCUCAAGAUCCCAGCAUCUGCAGUUGCUGAUGCCUCCCCUUCUCCCAUCUGUUGUAAACGCGACUCGUGUCAUAGUCACACAGCGUGGAAACAGGCCCUUUGGCCCAACUUACCAACACCGAUCAACAUGCCCCAUCUACACUAGUCCCCCCCCUGCCUGCGUUUGACCCGUACCCUUCUAAACCUAUCCUUUUCAUUUAGUUUAUUGUCACGUUGUACCAAGGUGCAGUGAAAAGCUUUUGUUGGGUGCUAACCAGUCAGUGGAAAGACUAUACAUGAUUGCAUUUCGAGCCAUCCACAUGAUAAAGGGAAUGUGAACAAUGUUUUGUGAAUGAAUGAAUACGUUUAUUGGCCAAGUAUUCACAUACAAGGAAUCUGUCUUGGUGCUCCGCCCGCAAGUGACAACAUGACACACAGUGUCAGUCACUGUAUAGAUAAAGCCAGUAAAGUCCCAUCAAAGAUAGUCCAAGGGUCUCCAAUGAAAUAGAUAGUAGUUCAGGGUCACUCUCUAGUUGUUGAUAGGAUGGUUCAUUUGCCUGAUAACAGGUGGAAAGAAGCUGUCCCUGAAUCUGGAGGUGUGCGGUUUCACACUUUUGUGCCUUUUCUUAAACGUUGCGAUAGAACCUGCCUCAACUACCUCCUCCAACAGCUCGUUCCAUACACCCACCACCCUCUGUGUAAAAAAAAACACCCCUGAGGUUCUUAUUAGAUCUUUCCCGCUUCACGUUAAAUCUCUGCCCUCUGGUUGUCGACUCCCCACUCCCACCCCACUCUGGGCAGUGCAUACUUGUAAAUCAAACUCCUCUCCAACUCACUGGCAGUCUGCCACAACUCAUUUCCAUCACGGCUGGCGAAUAACUCAUGCCACAUUUCCACUGAGUAAUAUCAUAAGUGAAUGAAUCUUCCAAUCCCGGGCUGGCUGCCUAACUCACUCCACCUACCGGCUUAGUCUUCCUGCGCUCCAGUGUCUCUGCUCUGCUCUGCUCUGCCAGCGCUGAUCUCGCCUUCCUCCUGCCCCUGCCUCUUUCUGUUGCCCCGUGUGUCUGUUGCCCAUCGCACCCCUCCCUCACCCCCACCCCCAGCCAGUGUCCCACCCUCCCUCUGCCCCGGACCGGAUCUCUGAGGCGGGUGAAGGUAGCUUUUUCUCCCACCCGUUCAUUGACUGCUGCCUAACUCCCCGAGUGCAGGAUGCCGGCGGUUGGGAAGUGUCAGCUCUGGUGAUCUGCUGAUACAACAGCCUGUUGCUCUCUCUCUCCCGCCGGGGACAUGAACAGCUCUGCCCCGAUCGUCUCGGCUGCUCGACUUCACCGAGGAGAAGCUAGUUUCCGGAGGGCGGCCGAUCCCUGUUCCAUGCACCAGCACUGAAGAGCGGCUGUAGACCACACACCAGACCCCAGACCCAGGCAGCGGCAGAGGGCUCGGACAAAUGAGCAGACAUCCGCCCGUGGCUCCCCUCUCGUCCGGCUCCCUGACCACCCUGAUUUGAUGGUCCUUCACUUGGUCAUGUCAAGCCACACGGACCUCCUUACGGACCUGCCGUUCCCGGAGAGGUUGCCGACUCCGGACCGCCUGAGGGCCGCCAAGAGGCGGCGGGCGCAGCAACUGAAGAAAUGGGCUCAGUACGAGAAGGACAUGCAGAACAAAAAGAGGAAAACGGACAAGAAGAAAAGCGUUGGGAAUCACCGGCGGGUCACGUUCACGCCCAGCGUUACCCUGCUGGAGGCUUCCUCCCGCAACGACCUGCAUGAAGUGAGCCACUUACUGAAGAAAAAUAUAAAUCCAGACUUGAGCAAUGAAGACGGACUCACUGCGUUGCAUCAGUCUUGUAUCGACAACUUUGAAGAUAUGGUGAAGCUGCUCCUGGAGUUUGGGACCCAUGUGGAUGCGACGGACAAUGAGCUGUGGACGCCAUUGCAUGCAGCAGCAACGUGCCGGCACUCCAACCUGGUGAAGCUCCUUAUAGAGCGGGGAGCGGACCUGUUAGCGGUCAAUGCAGAUGGGAACAUGCCCUACGACCUGUGUGAUGAUGACCAGACACUGGAGCUCAUCGAGACAGCGAUGGUUAACCAAGGGAUCACUCAGGAGAAGAUUGACCAAAUCCGCACGGCGGUGGAACAGCAGAUGAUUGGCGAUGUCAAAGAGGCCGUUCAGAAGGGCACUGAUCUCAACGGAAGAGAUGCACAGGGAGCCACCUUGCUACACGUGGUCGCUGCCAAUGGUUACUGCACAGUUGCUGAGAUACUGCUUGAACAUGGAGCGAAGGUGAACAUCAAGGACCGCGAUGGUUGGGAGCCACUGCACGCAGCUGCCAGCUGGGGACAGAUGCAAAUUGCAGAAUUACUGACAGCUAACGGUGCAAGUCUGAAUGCCAAGACCUACUUGAAAGAAACACCAAUUGAUCUUUGUGAGGAUGAAGAGUUCAGGACGUUGCUACGACAGCUCAAACACAAACAUGAAAACAUCCAGAAGUCGCAGGGAAAGAACAAGUCAUCUCUGACCAGGAGAACAUCUAGUGCUGGAAGCCGAGGAACAGUGGUGCGGAGAGCCAGCGUGUGUGACCGGAAUAAUUUGUACAGGAAGGAGUGUGAGCAGGAAGCAAUUAUCUGGCAGCAGAUGGGACGGAAAGAAAUGGAGAAGGACGCGGCCAGCAGCGAUGGAGAGGAUAAAGAUUCAUCCAAAGAUCAGGAGAACGUGAUGCCGGACCAACCCAAGGCCUCGCAGACCAGUGAGGUGGAACAAACAGAAUCCAUGGAAAAGUCGUCAGAUGCCGGUGGGGGAAGCAACAAGCUAUUGGAUCCAGGUGGGAGAAGCAACAGUGCGGUCUCCACUCCGACCUCCCAGCGUUCAGCCUCCCGGCCCCCCACCGCAGCGGACAAGGUGAACGGACAGGUUCCACAUGAGAGUUGCGAUGUUAACCCUUCGCCGCAGCUCAGUGGGGACAGGAGUUGCCAGACGUUGUCAGAGCUGAAGAGGCAGCGGGCAGCGGCCAAACCGAGGAAGCAGUUGUCUCAGGAUGCCGCGCUGCCAAACGGCCAGAGUAGUUUCUCGGAAAGUGACCGACUGCCGCCAAAGAGCUGCCUGGUGGACUCGCCAAGGACAUCGGCGCUCAGUUCCAACGGUAGCUCCGUCUACCACCCUCACCGCAGCGGCGACCCUCCGAUACUCAGACUUAAGGCACCAUCGGAGGAGCCGGAGGUGAAGAGACAGGGCUGCUGCAGGAUUGUGUGAUGGCGGAGAAGGAACGGGAAGAGAAAGCUGCUGCUUCAAGUUGCAUUUGAUGGAAACGGCUGCUUGGGAGACAAGGUUGGCAUUGGGACUUCCACCUGAAAAUACUGGCACGAGACUGUUAACUUAAGCACUAUUUUAAUGCAAUGACUGUGGAGUUCUUCAUACUGUUGGGGUAAGAGUGAAUGACUGAGUAAUUGACUGGAGCUUUUAACUCUCCAUAGGAUACAGGUUGCGCAUUGUAUCUUCUGGAGUUACAAUAGACAAUAGGUGCAGGAGCAGGCCAUUCAGCCCCUCGAGCCAGCACCGCCAUUCACUGUGAUCAUGGCGGAUCAUCCACAAUCAGUACCACGUUCCUGCCUUCUCCCCCUAUCCCCUGACUCCGCUAUCUUUAAGAGCCCUAUCUAACUCUCUCUUGAAAGCAUCCAGAGAAUCGGCCUCCACUGCCUUCUGAGGCAGAGAAUUCCGCAGAUUCACAACUCUCUGGGUGAAAAAGUUUUUCCUCAUCUCUGUUCGAAAUGGCCUACCCCUUAUUCUUAAACUGUGGCCUAACUAUUCAACAGGUUAAGGGUUACUGCAUGGAAUUCCUAAUCAUCCAGCAGUUAUAAGUCACAUACUGUGCACUGUCUGGACUUGCUAAUCCAAGUUUCCAUUCUACUGUACGUCAUUCUUGAUUCUUUGAGACAAACAUUUCAAGGGAUUAUGUCUCUGUUACUCUAAGGUUAAUUCAUUGGUGUCAAAAUCAGUGCCCAUUCAUCUGCUCCAUACAGCUGAUGGAAAUCAGUGAGUAGGAAGGAACUUCAGAUGCUGGUUUACACGGAAGAUAGAUACAAAAUGCUGGAGUAACUCAGAGGGUCAGGCAGCAUCUCUGGAGAAAAAGCAAUAGGUGACGUUUCGGUUCAGAACCCUUUUUCAGACCCCUUUAAGUCUGAAGAAGGUUCUUGACACGAGAGUAGACAAAAAUGCUGGAGAAACUCAGCGGGUGAGGCAGCAUCUAUGGAG